AGACGCUUUGUGAUUUCCGUGGUGAGUGAAUGGAUGGAGGUGGUGCCCUCGAGCUCUGCCAUAUGGAGUACCGAAUCACUGCAGGGAGAGAAUAGAGAAAAAAAAUGGACGCGUGAAGCGGAAAAUGUAAACGUGGUAGACUCGUGUUAACGUAAACGUAAAACCCGUGGGCUUUUUUUUCUGGCACAACUUUAAAAGCAGACGACAACAACACAAUAGUGUUGGCAACGGACAAGUGUUACAGUUCCCACAUGCGGCAACAAAGAUGAGGAUACAGGGACAGCCUGAGGGCGCGAGGAGGCGUCUGGAUAUGAAUGCAUCCGGUGAGUUCAAGAGCGUGGAGGUCAUCCGUGGUCGGGCUGGAUAUGGCUUUACUAUUUCAGGACAGAGGCCGUGCAUGUUGAGCGGCAUCCUGGAAGGAAGCCCGGCAUACUUGGUGGGGCUCAGACAAGGAGAUUGCAUCAUGGUCAUCAAUGGAAGUGACGUGUCUACUGCUUCUCAUGAGGCUGUGGUGCAGCUGAUUGGCAGCUGCAAAGGACCCCUGUGCUUGGUGGUGCAGGCUGAAGGCCGAGUGUUGGGAAACCCAAUCCUUAAUGAUGUGAAAUUUGGGUUUCCUCAGAAAAGUGGCGUUUUCCAAAAGGCAAGUGUUUUCCGCACAGUCUCAGAUGACUCAAGCAACUCCUCCUUUAACGCGAGUUGUUCGGUUGCCGCCAAACAGAGGCCGGUUUCAGAGCCGGAUAUGUCACAGUGGUCACAGCAGUGGAGUGCUUUAGCUGAGCAGCCAAGGGAGGAGACUUCCACGUCUGGGGAUGCAGACUCUGUUAUUACAGACGAAGCCAAUCCAGACUGGGGUGUUUUGAACAUGACUUUGGUGGUUGGCUACCUGAGCUCCACAGAGCUGAUUUUGAACACUAGUGAAUCAGAGGACUGUUCAAAGGCCAUUCUGGAGAGAAUCCGACAGCUGGGCACUGAGCAGGACACCCAUACCCUUGUGAUGAUGAAGAUCAUGUUUGAUUGCAUUCGUCUUUGUGACGACGCUGGAGCUGUUUUGGCAGCGUUCCCUGCUGAGAACCUGGUCUUGGGGGCUGUGUGUACUGAAGACCCACGUUUUUUUUGCCUGGUCACCACAGGGCAUAUUAUUAAUGGCCGUGUGCCAGAAGAUAGUCCUCUGCGUGCCUCCUGCCAUGUUUUUUUCAUUGACCCAGAUCUGGGAAAUCACAAGGAUCACACUGGGAUUGCUGGCCGUUUUGGUUUCAACUGCACUCCAGAUCCAGAUGCCUCGGGCUGCCUGGAAUUCCCACAGACUCCCCCGGAUGUUCUUAACUUUGUAACAGUACUUUACAGCGACAUGGGGGAAGCUGUGGAAAGACUAAGAGUGAAACUGGACGCAGAAGCCCAGGAGCAUGCCAAGGAGAACGUCAGCACUGCCAAACGUGGCAGUGCCAGCAGCAAUGGGGACAGUGGUAUUGGAAAUGUUUCCCCCCCUGAGGAGAGAGCGGACAGGGAUUUCCCUUCGGUGAUCCAAAACCAUCCUGGGGCCCACCUCCCCAGCUGUCCAUGGGAUUAUCCUCCGGCUGAGGGCCUCACCCCAAUAACCCUCUCCAAGAAUGGCCAAAAACUUAAUCCAGAGAACACUACCAGCACAGAUUCCCUGUCAGAGUCAUUACCUGGCCCAGAUUCUUUAGUUAGCUUUUAUGGAGGACCCCCACCCAGACUACAGUUCCAGUUCAAGCCCCCACCACCUCUUAUGCGUUUGGAUAAAAAAACAAACUUCUCUGGAGAUCCUCUCAGAGGGAGCCAACGGUGGUUCUCAAAGCCAAAGUGGCCAAAAGUCCUGAGUAGUGAUCCGGCACCAUGUGAAACAUCCAACAACAACUGGCCCUCACACAAUAGUCUUAGUGCCAGCACCAAUAACCUGCCACCUCCAAUGAGCCAGAUACCCUCGGAAAGGUACCAGUCAGCUGAAGUCAUGAUGCUGCCUCCCAGGGAGGAAUGGACCAGAAAGUUUGUAGAACAGAGACAGAAGCAGCAAAAGGAUGGCAGCACUAGAAAUGGUUCCAGGUUUUGGGGUAUAGGCGCUAUUCGUGCGUCUAAACGUCGUUCUGCCAAACGUCUCAGCCUGGCACGAUCGCUGGAUGACCUUGACUCUGCUGCUUCAUCAGAUGGUGACUAUAGUGGGAUCCAGCUGCAGAGCUGCUGCAGCCAGAGCAGCCUGAACAGUAAUGGCAGCCUUCCAGGAGCAGGCAGCAACCGAGGGGCUCCAGAGCAGCGUGUGGCCAGCUGGUCCUCCUGCUUUGAGCGUCUCCUCCAGGAUCCCGUGGGUGUGCGCUACUUCUCGGAAUUUCUCAAGAAAGAAUUCAGCGAGGAGAAUAUCUUGUUCUGGCAGGCCUGUGAAUACUUCAGUCAUGUCCCUGCAACAGAUAAAAAGCAGCUGUCCCAGAGAGCAGGGGAGAUCUAUAACAGCUUCCUGUCCAGCAAGGCCACCAUGCCGGUCAACAUCGACAGCCAAGCCCAGCUGGCCGAUGACGUGCUAACCUCCCCAAGCCCUGACAUGUUCAAGACCCAGCAGCUACAGAUCUUCAACUUGAUGAAAUUUGACAGCUAUUCGCGUUUCCUCAAGUCCUCCCUCUACCAGGAGUGCAUGCGUGCUGAGAUGGACGGUCAGCCCUUGCCGGACCCCUACCAAAUCCCCUGCAGCCCCGCCCCCUCAAAGCACAGUGCCAGCUCUGACCGCUCCACCCUAUCGACCCCCAAAAAGGACGUCAGAAAGCAGCGCUCAGGGAGGUCACUGAAUGAAGACGGCAGAGACGAGAGCGCCGACAAGAAACGUGGCUUCUUCUCUUGGUCGCGCAACAGGAGCUUUGGGAAGGGUCCAAAGAAGAAGGACAUCGGAGACAUUAACCUCGGUAAGGAGUUUGGGAGAGAGCAGGGGUGGAAGCCUUUAGUGUUGGACCAAGACUGUAUGACACUAAGCUCCAGAGACCUGAGACUGGAGAAGCGCACAUUGUUUAGGUUGGAUCUGGUGCCCAUUAACCGCUCCGUGGGGCUGAAAGCCAAGCCGACCAAGCCAGUCACUGAGGUCCUGCGGCCCGUGGUGGCCAAAUAUGGUCUCCACCUCGCUGAUCUUGUGGCCAAAAUAAGCGGCGAGACUGAGCCUCUGGAUCUGGGUGCCCCCAUAUCGAGUCUGGACGGCCUGCGAGUUGUGCUGGAGCGAGCAGAUCCCUGUUCAGUCAAAGACAAAUCCAAGUCUUCCUCCUUAAAAAGUCACCCAACCCGGAGUUUUUCUGCGACAGGAGAUGAGAGGUCAGCACCAAAGGACUUUUCUGUGAGGCCAAGUGGACCAGACUCAGCACUCCCAAGGGAUAAGAGAAAACAGAAAAAGAUUAAUAUAGAUGAAGCUGAAGAAUUCUUUGAGCUGCUGAGCCGGGCGCAGAGCACCCGAGCCAACGACCAGCGUGGUCUCCUGAACAAAGACGACCUAGUGCUUCCCGACUUCCUGCGACUGACUCCGCCCACUUCCUCUGUCUCCGUGUCCUCCAACCUGGCCUGCUCCACCCCCAACUCCCUGAAGCCGGUUCGAGAGAAUGGCAUUCCCUCCCGGAGCCCCCUCACUUCCAGCCUACGCUCGGAGAGCCUCGACUCCUCUCUUAGCUCCAGUGCGAACGGACACUCCAGGCGGUGCCUCAUGCCCCCUCCACGCCACCCAACCUUCGGCACUCACAUGUCCCCCAUCCUCCGGCCCUCAGACACCCGUCCAACCCUCCGCACUGUGGAGGAGGACGCCAACACCGACCUGACUCUCAUCGGUGAAGGCGACAUCAGCAGCCCCACCCUGCUGCCUCCUUCACCAUCCCCUGUGUCGUCCUUCGAUAGCAGCCUGCCGGCAGCCAACUUCACCCCGCCACCGCCCUGCUCCCAGGCUAAAGACACGGGUGAAGAGGGAAAGUCCAGUUCAGAGGCGACAGAAACGAUCCCUAAUGCCAAGUCACCUCCUAAAAAAGCCAACGCUGCACAUACCAUUCAGGAGGUGAUGGAUGUGGAGGGAGUACAUCUAGAAGAAGGAACAGCGGAGACAUCCCAGGGUGAGGACUCUGAGUUGAGUCUGAGUUUUCAGGGCUAUGUCGCCGAGCUGCGACAGUGCCAGAGCAAAAUGAGAAACGCCCAGAUGCCCCAGAACGGCCGCAACCCACCGGAGGGCCAGGACUGCAACACAGAUCUUUACAAGGCCACCAUCGUCUAAAGGGACCCCCCCUCCCCCCCAUCCCCACUGCUGCACUUUUAAAGCCUGAGCGACUGUUGUUUGAGGAGAUGUAGUCGAACAAUGUGCUGCAUGUACAAGUUGUCAGUUUUCUUUACUAAAGCAUCAAUAUUAUGGUGAUGGAUAUUGUAUAUUUGUUUAAAAAAAGUUCAGGCAUCCUGUUGACUUCUAGUACCGGUUGUAAUUUUGGGACAGUGAUAUGUUUUGUUAUUGGUAUGCUUUGAUAAUUAACUAUUUUGAGCCAUGUUAGGCUAAAUAAUAAUACCACAGAAGAAGCCUGAAACUCACUUUGGGGUACCAGUUGAUAAUAAUUGUACACAAUUUAAAAAGUAGAAAUGACUGAGAAACAGGACACUGCUUGAUAAGAAGCUGCUUAACAUCUUCUAAACAAAAAAACAAUGUAAUAACCGGCAGCCUUCUGGUGGUGGAAGCCAAAAAGUUAAAGCUCAGGAAAACGCUUGUUCAGGUUCUUGAUAACAAUUUCGAAACCAUCACCAAAUGAUUUAAUGAGCUGUUAAGCUGUUUGGGUAUAUUGAGUUUUACAUUAAAGUCCCAAUUAACUGUCCACCCAUUACCUUUUUCUGCUAGUCUUGCGCUGAGAAAAGUUGUGAGAUGCAAUUGAAAUAGCAAUGAUAAUUUAAAAAUCUAGAAAGUAAAGCUUGACUUUUGUUUUACGUGUCCUGAUUCGAAAGUAGGACCACAUGCUAGGAGAGGACUCUUAGAUAUUUGACUAUUUCUUGUUCAUAUUGUCUUCCUGUGUUGUACAGAUGACACAUAACAGUACCUCUAUCGUCUGUACUUUCUGCUUCUGUGGUUGUGAGGUUGUCCUAAUUGUUGAACAAUUAAAAGGCUUCGAUGGCUCUACUUUCAA